AUGAAGAAUAGUAAAUCUCCAACAUAAAGCGAAGCUCUUCCUUAAAUAUAAUACAUCAAAUUAAAAUAGUUGUCAAAUCAACGCAAAGUAAAUUUCAAUGUGAUGCUAUCUUUACCUUAUUUACUUAAGGAUCAGCAACUUGAAAACAGAAAAGACACAAUUGCAAUCUUCAAAAAAAGAAAACAAGAAGCUAAUUCAAUUAGUAAAAAUAAACCUCAACUUUUAAACAAUGGUAGAAUUCAUUUUACAGAAUUUUGGUCAGAAAAAUACUAAUGCAUCACUUUAAAAGAUUCCUAAAUCAACUAAGAUCUCAAUAAAUAUAGAUAAAUAAUAAAAAGUAAUAUAAAAGACUAUUUAUUCAGAUAUGAAAAAUAGGUUAAGGAUCAAUUAUAACAAGUGAGAGACCAAAAUUAUACAUAGCCAACAAAAAACUAUGAAUCAGAUGAUGAAACUGUUAAAUAAUUCGAUCAUUAAAAUUAAAAACUUCUAACAAGUCACAAUACAGAAGCAGAUUUAUUAGCAUAAUAUUAAAAAAGUGAGGAUAUCUUUAAAAAACCAUAUAUGCGAUACUUAAACAAAAGUGUUAGCAAAGAGGUUAAGAAAGAUUAUAUUCUUAAAUUGGAAGAUAUGAUGAGCAAGUGCGAUGAUUUUAAAUAUAAAUAUCUAACAGAACAAAAACUCAAUCUCAAACGAUUCAGUCAGAAUUCUAUAGCAAAAAGAUUUAUUAUUAAUUAAACUACAAAUUCAAGCAGAAGCAAUUUUUGAAUAAUAUAUUUUAUCUUAUAGUUUGAUAACCAUUCCUUCUAA